AUGUUUAUUCGCGAUCUCAUUGCCAGUCUUUGCCUUCUCUUUAUCAAUAUGGUGCGCUUGAAAACUCUCUACGGCCUCUUCACCCUCGCCUGCACGAUCAUUCGGAAAGUUGUCCGGCAUACACAUCAACAUGGGGAACGAGACAUUGUUGCAGCAGGGCAAUACACGUACCUGGCACUCCUCAUAUUCUUGACCUGGGCACUCUCCAGGGGAACCGGCCAUCGUAUCGAAAUCCGCCGUUUAUUUCCACAGCAGCUUCCCGUGUUGGCCCAGGUUUCACGAAUCUGGUCGCGUUGGAAGAAUAGAGUGGUAUCGACCUAUUCAGCCUGGAGCAGACGACUCUAUCAAGUACUAGCAACCGCCUGGAAGUUGUUUUCGUUCUGGAAGAAAACAGAGACUGUUACUGUACCUCCGACAGGCACGGUUCAACAAUUUCUAGCCGACUGUGAUCAGGACGCCUCUCCCGAUGAAGAAGAAACCACCAUUUGCCUGCUCUGCCACGAAUCGCUUUAUCUCAAAAGUCCUGCAUUGUACAUGUGUUGCAACAACGUCCACCGUCUUCAUCUGCGGUGUGCUAGUAAAGUCAUGACUGAUGAACAGCCCUGUUCUUUGUGUCACGACGAGUUGUUUGUCGUCGAACAAUCCGAAGCAGAGAUUGCCCAAUCGGCCACGAAAAACAGGCAAAAGAACAAGAAGCAGAGGAGAAGGCGCUAG